AUUGUUCUAAAUGCUUAAGUGCUUUAUCUAGCCCUCAGAGAUAAGAUGUACAACGACAUUAUAAAAGAUUAGCGAGUGGCGUUGUAUAUCGUUGUUAUUUUUGAAGUACUAACAAGACAAAAUGAAACUAGUGAUAGCUCUAGCCCUGCUGGCCGUGGCUGCGGCUGACAUCCAGCCUGUGGCCCUACCACCAGUCGUCCUACCCGCCGACGCCGCCCAGUACCAAGCUGCUGAACUGGCUGAAGCUCAAGCCAUAAGCAAGUCUGAGUUGGAAACCAUCAGGAUCGUUCUACCAGAAGGCAGUGAUGCCGUGAGGGUAGCCGAGGCGCCUCUGCCAGAGGUUGUGAGGGUAGUGGAUGCGGCGCCGGCUGCUAGUAAGAUCCAAGUGGUGGAAGCCCCGGCGCAGGGAUCGUGGCAGCCUGUGCGUGUGGACCCUAAGAGGCCCUACGCUCGCGGCAAGGUGUUCGAGAACCCGAUGUGGCGUUAAUUUCUUUAUAUACUUUUUUUUUUU